UAUUACGUAUCUAGUAAAGAUCUUCCUCAAAUAAAAUGGAUGAAUUAAAAGCAUUCUUCAAUUCCCCAUGUCCAUCGAGUAAUCAAGUUACAAAAUUGCGCGGUCCCCUAACAGGUGGUUUUCGUAUUCCCAAAGAAGAUACAAUGAACGAUAUGAAUAGAAAAGAGGCACAUCGGCAUAUGGUGGUGCCUAGUGGUACGGAUUACGCUCGAGAAGUGAAAGAUCGAGAAACAGAACUGUAUUUAAAGAAUGAAAUUGAGCGGAAACAAUAUGAAAGCAUGUCGGCCGGCUUGGAGUCUUUGGAGCAACUCUCAUUAAUUGGUGCGUCGGUACAGAACAUUGGGGAGCUCAAUGAUGAAGCAAUGACAGAAGUGUAUAGUAAAUAUUCUUUCCAAAAGAAAGAAGAUGCUAAUAAUCUAGCAAUAAAUUCAUAUAAACAACAGAUAUUAGAUCGAAUUAGAGGCUUCCCAGUUGUCAUCAUUGAAGGUCCAACAGGUUGCGGCAAAACAACUCAGGUCCCACAAUGGUUAUUAGAUGAUUGUUACCAUAACCGAAGACCGUGUAAAAUUAUUGUGACACAGCCAAGGAGGAUUGCAGCUAUAUCUAUAACAAGGCGAGUUGCUCAGGAGAGGGGCUGGGAUGUUGGGGGAUUAGUUGGAUAUCAGGUCGGCCUAGACAAUCGGACAUCAACAGACACUCGUAUACAUUAUGUUACCACAGGAGUUCUGCUUCAGAAACUAGUUUCUGCCAAAACAAUGAAUGAAUACACCCAUGUUAUUCUUGAUGAAGUUCACGAAAGAGGACAAGAGAUGGAUUUUCUACUCUUAGUUGUGAAAAAACUUUUAUACACCAUGUCCCCAGCUGUAAAAGUUGUCCUGAUGUCAGCUACAUUUAAUAGUAAAGCUUUUGCUGAUUAUUUCAUGAUACCAACGCCUCGUGGACUGCAGAUGUCAACUUGCAUCAAAGUCGAGAAGAGGGAACAUAUGUUCACUGUCAAAACAUUUUAUCUGAAUCAUUUAAAUAAGUUUGGUUCGGUUCUUCAAAACUCAAUGCCAAAAAAUGGAGAACCCGGAAUAAAUCCAGAAAUGCAUCACCUAGUCAUCAAACUGUUGAACGCAUUUGAGCAAAUUGACAAGCAAGAAGACAAUUAUAUGGACAGAUCAGAAGCUGACUUGCCGUCUGUGUUAAUAUUUUUGCCCGGUAUCAAUGAGAUUGAAGAUUUGUAUUCCAGUCUUACUAAUCAUGAUUNAAAAGGGAGAAUUCCCUAA